ACCGCAUCGAAUUAAGCUGCGUAUCGUUAUGUCAUUAACAAACAAACAAAAAAACAUACAAAUAAAACAGUGAUCUUCGAUUAACCUUGGCUGCUGGAAUGGUACCAAAACAAAAUCGAGGAAUCAACAACAACAACAACAGCAGCAGCAGCAGCAGCAGCAGCACCACCACCACCACCCAGCUUGAUUUUGAGUGCAGUAAGAAAGCAGUUUGCGAAAAUGUCGUAGCUAGUACGACAUUCUUUUCCACUGACCAGUGCAUCGCACGUCUGCAAAUCAGCGACGAUCUUUACUGGACAAACGUAAUCAUCUAUACCGAGCGUUACAGGGACAGUGACAUAAACAAGUAAAAUAAAUAAAUAUACAACGAGCUGCAGGCUGGCUGUAAACCCAGCUAGUAAAUCAAACUGCUAACUUCGCCAACAGAAUCUCACCUUUUCACUGGAAGUCUGUUGACAGAGUCAUUAAGACGCAAAUAAAUGCCAUGCGAUCAGCGCCUCUGGAUGAAGGACUUUGCGAUCUAGGUUCAUGCAUUUAUUUUUUUAAUGUUUUCCCCUGCCAAACAACUCGGCCUCCCACUAUCCAACAGGAAAUCAUACUUGACAAACUGACAUGAACUUCCGACCAAAUCGCGUCACAUGACCACUGACAGCGGUGGGUUUGUGGGAAAUGUAGUGUAUUGAGCCCAGGUUGCAGGCACGGAUUCGUGGAUAAGUACGUUGUUUGGACUCAAAACAUUUUUUCAGUGAAGUGUGAGGAGGCGAAACGGAGGGAAAUAAGACUAUGCAACGUGCGGGAGCUGUUCUUCCGAUUAAAAGUUAAAUCCGGAUUUUGCAUCGCACGGGUCGCGUGUUCUGCAAAAGUCUGUGAAAUUACGCACUGCGUUUGAAAAUGACUUCCCCUUAUUUUAUCCAGAAAGGUUGCGCCGUUACCCUGGCUGGUGCCGGGGCUAAAACGAGAGGCAUGACCCUGUCUGGCUUAAAAGCCCGCAUGGCGAAGCAGCAGAAUUUGACAGGAUCAACUGUGCAGGUGAAGGAGGAGAAUGAGGACUUGGGAAUUUCAGAAUUUGAGAAGGACAGUCGGAGCUCCGCUUCUCCAGGCCAGCCUACUGCCCGUCCCAGGAGGCAGUGUCAGCGCGUGCCCCCGGCCGUCGAAACGAAGCCCCCCCGUGCCCCGCGCAGGAGAGCGCACCUGAAGGCGGAGUACGAGGAGGCGACGCACCUGAAGGAGGAGACGCACCUGAAGGCGGAGACGCACCUGAAGGAGGAGACGCACCUGAAGGAGGAGAAGCACCUGAAGGCGGAGCGCUGGGAGCCUCCGGACUGGAGGAGACAGCUGGAGCACAUCCGUGAGAUGAGGAGGGCCAGGGAUGCUCCGGUGGACCACCUGGGGGCAGCCAAGUGCUUCGACCCCCGGGCUCCUCCUGAGGUGAUGCGGUACCAGGUCCUGGUGUCCCUCAUGCUCUCCAGUCAGACUAAAGACCAGGUCACUGCAGCCGCCAUGGAGAAGCUCCGGGGACACGGGCUGACCGUGCCGAACAUCCUGAGCACUGAGGACCACAGGCUGGGGGAACUCAUCUACCCUGUGGGCUUCUGGAGGACCAAGGUGAAGUACAUCAAGCAGACCACGGCCGUCCUGCAGCGGGAGUACGGGGGGGACAUCCCGGACAGCGUGGCCGGGCUGGUGGGGCUCCCCGGGGUGGGGCCCAAGAUGGCCCACCUGGCCAUGAGCAUCGCCUGGAACCAGGUGACCGGAAUCGGGGUGGACACACACGUGCACCGCAUCGCUAACAGGCUGGGCUGGACCAGGACCAGGACCAAGGCUCCCGAGGAAACGCGUCGUGCUUUGGAGGAGUGGUUGCCAAGGGAGCUGUGGGGGGAGAUUAACUGGCUGCUGGUGGGAUUCGGGCAGCAGGUGUGCCUCCCCGUGGGGCCCAUGUGUUCCCUGUGCCUGGCCCGACACGGCUGCCCCUCUGCCCACCGGGAGUCCCCGACCAAAAGGCCCAAGACGGGGUCCCCCCGCUCCCCGAAACCACCCCGCUCUCCUGGCCCGAGCCCCACGCCGUCGCCCUGCGUCAAGGUGGAGCCGCCCCCCUGCCCCACCUCCGACACCCCCAAAAAGAGGAGCAGAGCGGCGCCCCGAAAACGCCUUGAGGACAACAGCUGACCCCGGCAGCGUGCUCCCCGCACGCCAGGCCACAGCUCCUCCACAGCUCAGCACACGGCUCAGUUCAUAGUUCAGAGGUCAGAGUUCAUACUUACACUACACAGCUCAGUUCGUAGUUCAGAGGUCAGAGUUCAUACUUACAGUGCACAGCUCAGUUCAUCGUUCAAAGGCCAGAGUUCAAAGUUUGGCCAAAAACCCUUGUGUCCUUGGAAAUCACUUUCAAAACUUGAAACAGUCCUAUUUGUUUUCCAGUAAUGGUAAUACAUGGACUUUUCUUCUGGCGUUAGCUUGCCAGCUUCAUGUUUUUACCAUGACAUUGAGAAUGGUUAAUGCUGAAAAUCACCUUGACUUGCUGGAAUUCUCUGCUAGUUGCAUUCACUAGAUACUGUAUCUGGUCUGCACAGAUGCAAAGUGUUGUUAAAGUAAUGGGUUUCAGAAGUUAUUCCGCCCAUCUGAAAUUCCAACUUCAAAGUAGCCAAGGCUGUUUCAGCGAUUAACGAACCCGUGAAAAUCGUAAGCCAGCAUUAUAUUGAACGCAAAUUACCUGAUUUGAGUCUUUGGGGGAAAUGUAACCGUGUGUGAAUGGUUAAACUAAAUGUUCUGCGUGCAUUCUGUUAGAAAAACACUACUACUGUACUUUAUAGUGAUAUAUGGGAUAAAAACGUACAGAAAUAUAUUCACUGUAAACUUUUAUAUUCAAUAAAAUUUUAUAGUAAACUA